AUGCAGCCAAUCUUCAAUGCUAUACUUCAAAAUGACCUUCCAGCUUUUCUGAGUUUGGUAGAAGAGAGAGGAUCCUCGCUGGAGGAGAGAACCGAUGAGGAACACCUGAACGACACGGUUUUACACGUGGCUGUGAAGCUUGGUCACGGAGAACUCGUCUCCAAGAUCAUUGAUCACCGACCUUCGCUAGUUUGUUCGCUAAACGCGGAGGGAAACACACCGUUGCAUCUUGCUGCUCUCCUUGGAGACGUGGACAUAGUAAUGCAGAUGUUAGAGACUGGAGUAGAAGCGUCGUGUACUGCACGAAACAACAACAAUGACACACCUCUACACUUAGCUUGCCGUAGCAUUUCCAUGGAGGCUGCCAAACUCAUUGCGGAAAAGACAAAUUCAGUUGAUCUUGGUGAACUCAAAUAUGCCAUAUCAAGUGGAUCCACAUGUGUUGCAAAUAUUAUACUGGAGAGAUUCCCAGACUUAGCUAGGGAGGAAGCUUGGCCUGUCCAAGGCGGCUCGCUAUCAACGCUAUUACAUCAUGCGUGUGACAAAGGAGACCUUGAAUUAACAAGAAUAUUGUUAGGGCUCGAUCAAAGACUAGAUGAAGCUCUAAACACCAACGGUUUAUCACCUCUGCACCUGGCAGUCCUCAGAGGCUCGGUUGUAAUCCUGGAGGAGUUCUUGAACAAGGCUCCAUUGUCUUUCAUCUCUCUCACCCCAUCAAAAGAGACCGUCUUUCAUCUGGCUGCAAGAAACAAUAACAUGGAUGCCUUUGUUUUCAUGGCAGAGCGUUUGGGAAGUAACGGCCAGAUUCUUUUGCAGCAAGGAGAUGAAAAUGGCAACACUGUCUUACACACAGCUGCAUCCGUGGCUUGUGGUGCUCCAUUUAUUCGUUACAUUAUUGGUACGAAGAUAGUAGAUAUCAACAAGAAGAACAAGAUGGGUUCUGCAGCUUAUUACCUUCUCCCCCAUGAUGCUCAAGAUUUUGAGUUGAUAUCAAGCUGGCUGAGGUUUGAAAUCGAGACUUCAGACGAGCUGGAUACUGAGAGCAAUGAAGUAUACUUAGACCUACCUAGUCCAUUGAUCAGUAGUAAACCAGAACGGUCAUGCUUUAAACCUUCAGAGAUACGCAAAACUCCUGAAGAAGAUGAGGUAAUACAGUUGCUGAGACUAAUCGAAGAAAACACAUCAGCGAUGGCAGAGAGAAAGCUACGCAAGGGACGUGAAGUUGGAAAAGGUCACGAGAGCUUGGAAUAUGACAUGUACAUAGAAGCGUUACAAAACGCUAGAAACACGAUUACUAUAGUGGCGGUAUUAAUUGCUUCAGUUGCUUAUGCGGGUGGAAUAAACCCUCCAGGAGGCGUCUACCAAGACGGUCCAUGGAGAGGCAAAUCCAUAGUGGGUAAAACGAUAGCGUUUAAAGUCUUUGCGAUAUGCAACAACAUCGCACUCUUCACGUCCUUGGCCAUCGUGAUUCUUCUCGUUAGCAUCAUACCUUACAAGAGGAAACCCUUGAAGAGGUUACUGGUGGCCACACAUAGGAUGAUGUGGGUUUCUGUAGGGUUCAUGGCCACUGCUUAUGUUGCAGCAUCUUGGGUGACCAUACCGCAUUACCAUGGAACACGAUGGUUGUUCCCAUCCAUUGUGGCCGUUGCUGGUGGAGCGUUGGCUGUACUGUUUUCGUAUCUUGGUCUUGAGGCUGUUGGUCAUUGGCUUAAGAAGAAAGCUCGUAUAGGAGUUAUACCUUCCUUUGCAAGGACCAGUUCAGAUUUGGCUGCCUCAGGAAAAUCAGGCUAUUUCGCUUAUUAA